UUUUGAAGUUCAAAAUUUGAAAACGAACAAUGGCAUAUUGGUAAAUGCGGGACAUAAUUUUGGAUUGGGGAACAAAAGGAUUGCCCACGGCCAAGCUUGUAUAUGCGUGAUCCAUUCAUUUCCUACUCCUCCACCAAACGCUCCCCAGGAAUUGCACAAUAUCGGCCGAGCAAAGCAGCGGAAAUUAGAGAUCAGCUAGCAAACAAUGGAUGGACAUGAUUCAGAAGAUCCGAAGCAGAGCACAGCUGAUAUGACUGCGUUUGUGCAGAAUCUUCUUCAGCAGAUGCAAUCCAGGUUCCAAACAAUGUCUGACUCCAUUGUUACAAAGAUCGAUGAGAUGGGAAGUCGCAUAAACGACUUGGAGCAGAGUAUAAAUGACUUGAGAGCAGAGAUGGGGGUGGAGGGCUCUCCAUCUCCUUUGCCUCCAUCUAAGCAAAAGCAGCCAGGUGAAGAGAAGCAAGAGGAAGAUUCAGCUUAGAAUUAUUCCAAGUUCAUUUGUCUUGUGGCAGACAAGUUUAUUUCAUCCUGAGUUUUGUUUUCUUCUAUUAUGGUUUGAGAUGUCAAAAUUUGUGUUCACAAUCGGUGAUUACAAUGUUUCGAUUCUGCUUCUGGAAUAUCAAAAUUUAUGUUUCUCUUAGAAUCUCUAUGGGAAUUUGCUUCCGCUGCUGUUGUAGAGGAAAACUUAGAAAUCUGAGUUGAUUCAUGGUCAUUGAUCCCUGUUCACAUUUUCA